GGCAAGACAGGAAUUGUUUAGUGUGUGUCAGCUGGUUGUCAGGGAAGUCAUGUUUCCAUAACCUUCACACUGACUCCAGGGCCAGCUUGCCUACAUCAUGAAGAUUGUAGGGCCCUGACAGAGGCCUUGGCACAGGGACCAAAUUGUUAUGAGCAUACUAAGGAUUCACACCACUUUUCUUGAGCUACCACAGAUUCAAAUAAAGGAUGAACACAGAUCUGAAAUUCACUUAUAAAAAGAAGUCAAUGGCAAGCAAGUUUCAAAAGCAGCGGAACUGUUAGACACACUGAAAAUCAUGGAGCAUCUCAGCUUGUCUAAAGAGUCAAAUGCUAAUAAAUGCAUAAUAGAAAGCAUAAGAUCUGGGCCUCGCAGGGAUAAGGAGGAGGGAAAGUCUCAGAUUAUCAGUGAACAUAUAAAGAUUGAAGCUCCACUUGGAUGCCACAACUUGAAUGGUGAAGGCAUCCCCAUGUCUCGGGAAAGCCCAGACGGCAGUUCCGACAGCUGUGAAUGGCCAGCUACAAGUCCUGUGAAUCAUUCAACAAUACUCAUGGCAGAUGGUUCCUCCUAUCCAUCCUGUAGUAAGUUGCCUUCUGAGUCCAGUUUACUUCAUAGUAAAAAUAUUGGUAAUAUUACUGGUGCAAGGCCUAAAGAAAUUUUCCCAGCUCAGAGACUAAGAAAUGAGUUCUCUGAUAGAAGUGAUGAUAAUAAUAGACCAGAUAACAGCAUAUCUCCCAGCUUGUUAGAGGUGCAUUAUGAACAGGACAGCGGUUAUCAUUAUUCUCAUACAAGUAGUCAUAGAAGACGAGAAUCUCAAGGGUUCAAGGCUCCUCAAGGUAGGAAUCACUCUGGCAGUGGGAAGACCGUGCAUGCUGUUAUGGACAGUGACCAAGACAGUGAAGAUACAACCAAAGAAAUCCAACCACACUCUUUACGAAGGAAAAGAAGGCAGCCUGCUUUUCAGCAAUUUUCACCCUUAUCUGUUAAAUCAUUAGUUGACAGUCGAGGAGUUCUGCAGAAUGAAGCUGACCACCUCAGCACAAAAGAGAAAUAUGACACAGACCUCCUCACACCAUGUAUGCUUUGUGAUAGUAAGGAGGAUUGUUGUCACAAGGGAAGUGAUUCCAGAGGUGCAUCACAAGGCUUGGUAAAAACACAUUCCUCAGUAGUCACUUCCUCUGAGAAGUGUGUUGAAGGACCUCCACCAAUGUCAGCACCUAUACCUGUUAGUCCAACUGCAGACACUCCAGAUGGCAUAGCUGCUAGUGCACCUGCUCAUAGUAUGAGACGUUUCUCAGCAUCAAGUAAAAGCAGAAUGAAGAAGAAGAAGACUCACAGCCGUUCACGAUCUGAUGGAUCCCAGGAAAUAGUUAAUAACUUGCAGUUCACUCAUUCAAAUACAGAUCCAGAUCUUGAGAACACAUUAAGCUCUUCCAACUGCAUACCUGUUCCAGAAAGGAAACGAUUCAUGGAGGAUGGCGGCCACAGCAUAACUCCCGCUGCCGACAAUGGAUUCUUUCCACGGCCUCAGCCUGGUCAGAGUCUGAUAGAAUUUCUUUCUUCUGAGGAAUUUCACAAGCAGCAUGCUGCACUUGACAAAGAAAAUGCACACUUCAAUAUAUCUGAGGCUGUGAUUGCUGCUCUAACACAGAUGCAGUUCAAUGCUUGGCACCAAAAAUUUAGUUCAAGUCCUGGGGCAGCAGAAGACAGUGAUGAAGAAAUACGCAACCUUCAAGCUCAAAUUCAAGAGAAAAGAAGACAGAAACUAUCAGGUGCUGCAGCGACAUCUUCCAUGACCACAACACCCAUCCUGGCAACCCCUGAAGCCAAUAGCUGGUUUUGUGGCUCACCCCCCAAGCCAGAAAGCACAACAGACUGUAGUGCCAAUGAGUCACCACCCAGCUCAUAUUACAACAGUGAGUCAGAUCUUGUCUCAGAAACAGAAGAUUUUGACCAGGAAUCUGAAGACUUGGAAGACACACCAACUGAGUUUUCUAUCUCAACCAAAAAUAGAAAAACAUCUUUUGACCUCACAUCAGCAGAAAAGGUAGCCAUCAAUUUAUUAAAGAAUUUCAAUGAACAGAGACUCCCCAAAGCCUCUGAACUGGAAUGGUUGGUGACUGAGGAAGAAGCUCCUCAAAAGCUGCUGCCAUUACCAACCAGCAUAGCUGUUGGCCCAGAAGAUGGAUGUGCAGUAUCAGCGGCAAAGCUCCUGCCACAGUCUCAGCUCCGGGGCACAUCAGAUUGGGCGCCUCCUCGACCUCAGCUCAUCCUUACACUUCUCACCCCAACCAAGAGAUCUGCAAUGAUGAAGACUCAAGACUGGCGAUGUGCUGGCUGUGGGAUGAAGGUAUCAGAGCACCUUAGCAGACAUUUCCGCUUUUGUAACUACCUUGGCCGCUAUUUUUGCACCACAUGCCACAGCAAUCAGACUGCCAUCAUUCCUGCCAGAGUAAUACAAAAAUGGGAUUUCAAACCAUACCCAGUUUCAAACUUUUCCCUGGAGUUAAUUGAAAGCAUGAAGUGUGAUCCAUUGUUUAACGUGAGUGCUCUUAACUGUGGCUUGUACAAAAAGUGCCGGAAUCUUCAACAGACUCGUAUAUAUCGCUUACAGCUCUACUAUGCAUUGCCAUACAUCAAUACUUGUAGCAGAGCAAACAAUGAGAAGAAACUAAUGUAUAAUAGGCCCCAACACUGGGCAAGUGAUCCACAUGCAUACUCCCUGGAAGACCUAAUAUCUGCAAAAAAUGGUUCUUUUGUGGGAGAAGUGAAGAAGAUAACCAAACUGUGUAUCAAUCACAUUGCGAAGUGUCAGAUCACACUCAUUGGUCCAUGCUCCUGCUGCCUGAAUCAAGCAUCCUGCUACUUAUGUGCCCAGGGUUACUUUCCCCAUGGGACAAGUACCUUGCUUACUGACUGGCUACUCUUGGUGCUCUUGUCAUGACCUGAGCUGCCACUUCAGACCACACAAUAUCCAUACUCAUUUGCCUUUACUGUGUUGUAGAGUUGCUACUUAGGAACUUGGCUUCAUUGCACUUUGGCAGGUAACACUUGUCAUCCAUAUUAUUUACCUGCACAAUGCUUCUCCUGUAAUGCUGAAGUAAAUCCUCAUUUGACUUGCUGUAAUAUUUAUGGAUGGAUUUACCACAAAGAA